AUGUCGGAACAACUACCAAAUAAUAAUAUUUCCGGGGGAGGAGCAAACAGUUCCAAUACUUCAUCUGCGUCUCACAAAGCCUCUCCCACCCGCAAUUCUCGCAGCGUCUCCGCCAUUCCCCAACUCGCCUGGUCCCGCAAGAACAGUCAGGAAUUCAGCCCGACUCGGAAUACCAGUGCUGCUGGAUUGCAAAGCACUGUUCCCUCAGCCGCCGCAGUUCAAAGGGCCCUAUCGGCACAGAGAAGCGUAUUACAACCGACCAGCGUCGAUUGCAUGCCCGAAAGCGCUCGGUCCUCCGACAAUAGACAGCUCCGAUCCGGCCAGAACUCGCCUUCCUGGCCUACCUCACCCCGAUUGAAAUCCCCUCCACCCGCAAAACCGGGAGCAAGGCAACAAGGUGCGAAAAGAAAUGACCUUGAGCAUAAGCAGUCAAAUACAUCAAUGAAAAGGCUGGCCGCCGUCUCCGGCCCCGAGCAGACCGCCGCCAUGCACGUCGCCGACGGUCAAGAUUUGACACCCUCACAGUCUACGGUACGAGCAUCUGGCCGCGGACCCAGUGCAAGUGGAGGCGCCCUGGAGACUGUUGCUGAGAGCAGUGUUCCGUCCACUCCCUCGAUUGGGCCGGUGGCCACAUCCGCGUCCGACCGCAAUAUCGAAGUGCAGAAACUCGAUCAACCAGCCGAUGGACGGCCUGGGACUCACCCCAACAAGGAUGGCGAAACUAGUGGUGGCGAUGGCAGCUCUAGGGUGGGAGCAAGUAAAGUGGAAAGUGGACGCAGAUCAAGAGCUCCAAGUGGCUCCCGUCCUCCCUCUGAACUGGCAAAGCGAUCUUUCACCAGCCUCUCCAGUGCCAAAAACAAACCCACCACCGAACCCCCUAGGACUAUGACCGUUGAAACCGAGACCGUCGCGUCGAUCCCUCAGUUGUUGAAUCCGGACCGGGGUACCUCUGGCAGGGACGGGAACGGCAGUGUCAGGACCAAACCCAGCAAUGAGACAAUCAGGCCGAAAAAGGACAAGAAAAAGUCAGCUCGGAAGGCACCAUCGCUGCAUGCAGGCACUGUCACCUCCAAAGCCGAUUUGUUCGAGGCCAAGGUUGCUAGUGCCGUCGAUGAAGCUGACUCUUCCGAUUCCGACGAGACUUUUGUGUAUGAGUCUAAUCCACCAGAUAACCGGCCCAGCCGACAUCAUUCUCGAACUCCAAGUGCCACUUCGUUGGCAAGUCAAGAUCAAUUGGGGAUUCGCAACAAGCAUGGCGUUCGAAGUGGCAGCCAUGCUAUAGCGGGCAAAAAGAGCAUGAAGUUUUCCAAUAGCGCUUACAACAAUCAUCUAGAUGGUGAGUCUGGCGCGGAUGGUAGAGCAAAUCAACGGACCGCGAGUUCAACGCCUCGUCAUCACCAUAUCAGCAGGCAUGGCCGGCCCCACCAUGCUUCCAUUUUCGACGCCGACUCACCUUUUACACAAGGUAGUAAGGCCAACUCUCCGCGAGCUUCGACCAACAACCUUUCCCGAUUCUCAAGGCCCAAUAGCCCUCGGAUAUCCAAUGGCCGACUGCCAGGCGCUCCCCGGAAGGGCGAACCAUUCGACGCAUACGAUGAUGCUGCCGACGAUGAACGUGCUCCUCUAGUGGGAUCGGUGCGCAUCAAUCGUGCCAGGCACAGUCGCCGGCCGUACAGUACAGCACUCCGGCGGAUUGACUUGAGUGACGACUAUGACCGGGGCUGUUGUGGGCGAUAUGGGAGUUGUAUUUUUCUGGGGUUUAUUGUUGUGCUCGUCUGUGUCGGCAUUGCAGCGUUUGUGAUGGCACUCAACCGACCGCUGGCGGAUGUAUAUGUCAAACACAUUCAAAAUGUUCUUGCCUCGGAACAAGAACUAAUGUUAGACUUGCACGUAGAGGCAAUCAACAUGAACCUCUUCGCCAUCACCGUCAAUGAGCUGGAUGUGAACUUGUUUGCGGAAAGUCCUUAUGUCGGCAUAGGGCCAGACAAGAAAAACGACAGAGCAGUCCUCCGAUGGGCCAACCGGCUCGAUGACGGGGUCUCUUCUGUCUCCUGGCCCCCCUGGCGUACGCAUGACGGGGUGGACAAGGGCACCGAUCCUAUCGAUGAUCCCGAAUCUGGCACGCAGAAAAUGCUGUUGGGGAGGAUCUUGGAAUUUGACUCCCCAUUGGUAUUCGAGGCGUCCCCUCUUCGACGGACUUUCACCUCCUCUGUGGGUGAAAUUCGGCUGGCCAAGCCAGGCAAUAAGACUGAGGAAGGAGGGUCAGCUCGGUGGGAGAGAGUUCUACAGCAUGAUUUUGAUCUCAUCGUUCGAGGGGUGAUAAAAUAUCAGCUCCCUCUGAGUUCCAGGACAAGGUCUGCGAAGAUAGGAAGUCGUGUGCAUGUCUUGCCGAACGGCGAUGAAGUCGGCGAGAAAAUGUAA